UUUCACGUAUUUGUGAACCGACAUGGAUACUCAUUCAAUGAUCCCUUGAAUGACAGGUCAUUGACUAACUUAAUGGGAGACGAGUGGAAGACUAUGCGAUCGAUUAUAAGUCCGACGUUUUCGAGCGGAAAGAUGAGAUCAAUGCAUCCCAUUAUCAUUGAUUGUGUCCACAGAUUAGACAACUAUUUGGAGACCAAAGCCAUGACUGGAGAAGACGUGGAGAUGAAGAAAACGAUGGGAAGCCUAACGAUGGAUGUGAUCUUUUCGUGUGCUUUCGGCACUAAAAUAGACACAUAUAAUGACCACAAGACCAAUGAAUUCAUAGUAAACGCUAAACAAGUGUUUUGCGGAGGGGUUUGGAGGUUAUGGGUAUUCAUGGCUUUAGUGAAAAUAUCUCCGAAACUCUUUGAAUGGACGGGACUUCAAAUUAUUGAUCCAUCGGUUCAAAAGUUUUUCAUUACAGCCAUCACAUCCAUUGUCUCGAGACGUAAGUCAGAGAAAGUGCGACAAAGAGAUUAUCUU